GGCCGGAAGUCUCUCGGAGAGAGGAGGUUCUGUGUCAGGUGACCCGAGUCCGCGUAGAAGGGGUCCGAGGUCCGGCCCAACCGACUUGAGUAAGCUGACAGACUCGCGAAGCCCACGGCUGACGGAGGCCUUGGUGGCGUUAGCUGAGCAGCGGCAGGAUUUUCCCGGGGAGAAUCUUCACUCAAGAGUUUGCUGAAAGCCAAGGAUGGCAAACAAGGGGCCCUCGGCCUCUGCAUCCCCUGAGAACUCCAGUGCAGGGGGGCCCAGUGGCAGCAGCAAUGGUGCUGGCGAGAGCGGAGGGCAGGACAGCACCUUUGAGUGCAACAUUUGCCUGGACACAGCCAAGGAUGCCGUCAUCAGCCUGUGCGGCCACCUUUUCUGUUGGCCGUGUUUACAUCAGUGGUUGGAGACCAGACCAAAUAGACAGGUGUGUCCAGUUUGCAAAGCUGGGAUCAGCCGAGACAAGGUCAUCCCACUCUAUGGCCGGGGCAGCACUGGGCAACAGGACCCCAGAGAGAAGACCCCUCCCCGUCCUCAAGGACAGAGGCCAGAGCCAGAAAACAGAGGGGGAUUUCAAGGAUUUGGAUUUGGAGAUGGUGGCUUCCAGAUGUCUUUUGGAAUUGGGGCUUUUCCCUUUGGGAUAUUUGCCACAGCAUUUAACAUAAACGAUGGGCGGCCUCCUCCAGCUGUCCCUGGAACACCUCAGUACGUGGAUGAACAGUUCCUGUCACGCCUCUUCCUGUUUGUGGCCCUGGUGAUCAUGUUCUGGCUCCUGAUUGCCUAAUGCUGGGCUCCCGGCCUACAUCCAUGGCAGGGACUCUGGACUGGUGACAUGCCACCCUCACUCUUGAUGUUUGGCUUCCUGGCUAAUCCCUGGAAUCAGUGGGGUCAGUAACACAUCAAGGAGUCUUGCUUCUCCCUCAGAGCUUUGGGACUCAAGACCAGCUGUCGAGGACCCUGGAUUUUGGCCACUGCUACAAACACCCUGCUAUAACCUCAGGCCUUGGCAUUGAGCCGUGUCUCAUGGUUACACCAUGAAAUCCUAUCUAGCCAACUCAGCACGUCCUGACUAUGCACAGGGAAGAGGCAGGAAGAGAGAAACUGUCAUAUCAGUACAGUUUAACCUGAGCUAUAUAGGAACAAAGGGAUGAAUCAAAUGGUACUUAUGGAAACUUACUUUCUUCUCUUUAAAUACCCCUUGGUAAGUGGCCUCUGAAGUCUGUGGUACUCCUCAUACAGAGAGGUUCCCCUUCAAGAUCUCAACGCUGCUCUGUCCUAUUUCCUCCUCAGCAGAGAUGCAAGAAAUUGCUGUCCUAUAAAGAUCAUAAUUGCAGUAGCUGAAGCUGGAGUCGCUUCAUGAAUUCACCAGAGACCCAAAAAUCUUUUAUUGGCUCCAGGCUGUACGAGUGUCUUUGGUCCCAGAGAGUGGCUUGAGUGACUUCCUAGUUUCCUGGCAUAGAUCAUCCCUGGAGACAUAUGGCUUCACUCACAGAUUUUCCAUCAGCUUUCCCCACAAAACUACUCACAUCUGCCUCUCUGCCAGAGGGCACACAGCCUACAUAGACUACUGCUGAAGCCAGGGUUGACUGCUGCGUGUGAGGAAAGACCUGCAUUUGGGACUCUGGUAGGAUUCAGAGCUCUGAUGCAGAAACAACCGCACAAGCAGCCACGUCCCAAAGCUGCAGAAGUUCUGUGUGCAUCUUCUCCCAGACCUGCCAAAAGGAAUCUGGGGGCUUUGUCAAAUCAGCCCAGCUGCAUGUUGAAGACCACCCUCCUCAGAAGCCAAUUUGUCCUCAAUGAAGAGGCAGGGAGGAAGGAAGACCCUAAUUUUGAUGUAGCUUGAUGGACUCCCCUGAAAACUCUUUGUGUACAUGUUAACACUAGAGCAGGCAACCCUUGGCGGGCCUGGGGAGCCUCAGCACGGUGAUAUGAUAAGGUCUUCUGUGAAAUCAUUCUUCCCAAGCCCUUGAUUUGUUUUUUGACUUCACUAGAUUCUUCCUCUGAAUUUGAUUGAAGGAGUGCGGUGCCAGGCAGGAGAACAGUUCACUUGAUGGAACGGAUCUCGCUCUAUCAGUCAGGCCUCUUUCUAGAAAUCCAGCCUCUUCCGGGUAACCCUGAGGGUAGGAGGAGAUGGACUUCUCUGGGGGCUUCUGUCGUUUCACACCAGUCCACUCUGUUCCUGGCUUACCCCCAGCAAUAGCCAACAAGUGGUAGAAAGUCCUACCUACUGUCUUUUUCCAGAUACGGUUCUGCAUAGUGUGUGGAAACUAAGACCUUGUCCAAGAUGAGAGAAGCCUUGCUCCCCUCUCCACAGUCUCCAUCCUUUCCCCCUUGUACCUGUCAAUGCCAGAGUUCAGUGUUUAAACAGACAAAAUACAAGUAUUGAAUAUGUGGUUCGUUUGCCGAAUCCAUUUGGUAGGAAUAAGCCACCAGCUGUACAGUAUACCUGAUGGAUUUUAAACAUCCUUAGGGGCACCCACUCAAGAGUGCUCUUUUUAUCACCUGGAAAUCCCCAAAGUCUGAGGGGCCUCUGGAGUUGCUCAACUGGAAAGAUCAGGAGACUGCCUCAGUGCAGUGGCUCCACCUAGUGGUAGAAGAGAGGACUUCAAUGAGAUGGACCCAACAGAAAUGGGUUUCUGACAGGUUAAAGAAGGAAGGGUUCACUUGAACUCUAAUGAAAUGGAGUGAGCCCAGGAGAGCUCUACCAGCAAAGGUAUCCCAGAAAGCUGUUAACACCAUGUUGGCUAUAUGCCCUUUGAUUUUGAAACUCACAGAUCCCUACUCAUCCUCUGCCAGGAGCUGGGGCAAGAGAGCCAACGUGGGACUGCUGGCCCAGCCUCGACAGGGAGCCCCCUUCCUACCAACCCUUUGCAGGCUCAUCACCUUGCCCCUCUGCCAAGGCAGUUUUCCUUUCUUUUAUGUGUGUUUUCUCUGUUCUUGGCCUCCAUCAUCUUCCUGCCACUUUUGUGGUUUAGGACCAGGUCUCAACUACAGUCAGAAAAUGAUACUAUGUACAGUGGCACACCUUGACCGGUCACUAAUUUUCACUGUUGUGAAAGUGAUUCGAUUUAGAAUUAAAUGGUUUUACAUUACCACGA